CCCUGCGAUCCAUCAAAACUCAUCCAUUGGCCCUAUUUCGGAUACAAUAGCACCUUCUGGCGAGAGGAUACUAUAAGUUCUAUAUAGAGAAAGACGCGCAAGAUUGCUCCCCUCUCGAAUUUGAAGUCAGAAUGUCUCUCCUCGGUUCCAUGUGCAAAACAAGGCCCUGGAUCUUCAAUUAGAUAAUCGAUUAAUGUGCAAGUUGAUGAAUUGCCAAAACAUCGAAGACCUUCGAAGUCAUUAGCUUGUACUUCCACUUAAUAUAAACCAUUAAAAAUCGUAUUUCAUUGUUUCGUCUUCGGUAUGAGAUGGCAGUAAACCUUCAUGUGACCUUUCGCGACGUCCGACAAUAACAAACACGAUCGUUCCUUAAGUCCUUUGUUCCUGUCGUAACUUAAAUGUGAAAUAAAUUAUUUCUGCUAUUCCUCAUUAGUAUAAUUGCAUUAAUCAUGAAUAAUAAUGAGAUUGACGUGAUGACUGAACUACGGGCGUACUGGUGUCACGAGCUGGAGGAACUGAUGGAGUGUCCCGUAUGUCUGGAUGUACCACAGGGCUCCAUUUAUCAGUGUAUUGAGGGACACGACAUUUGUCAGUACUGUAAGAAGAUAGUCGACAUGUGUCCAAUUUGCAAGAAGCCUUUCAAUGAGGGUCGUAAUUAUACGGUGGAGAAAAUUAUAGCCAAAUUUCAAGACAUCAAGCUUUCGCUUAUGGAGCCCGAAAAUGAUAUCAACAAAUACACCAUACAGUUGAAGAAAUCAGUUGGAACACAGACUACAGAGCCAGGUGGAGGGGUUAUAAUUCGUCGCAGUUCCAGAGUAGCUCUUCGUGAAAAGGGGGAAACUAGAUCAACAACGAGUGGAGAAAAAUAAAGAAAGAGGAAAGCAGAGAAAGGACUGUUGCACAUCCAUUUAAAUACUUUCUGAGUUUCACCAGAUUCAUUAUCUGUAUUAUCCUUAUCCCCUUGGAAUAACUAAACUAUCGAAUGACUGUCGCAUUUUUAUAAAUUAAUAGCUACGAGGUUGAAAAUUUAUGCUCUAUAAAAAUAGUUAUAUACCCCAGGAUGUUCGUGACCAAGAAUUGCGGAAUUCCCUUAAUAAAACAAUAAUUUAGAGAGAAAAUGAAAUUUAAAAAUUUAACGGUGAUUGUUGUCAACUGUACACAACGUGUGUUUGCAAAAACUAAAUUAUUCCAUUUACGUUUAAAAACAAUCCAUUUUAUCCGGCUUUCUGAAAGAUAUAAUUAGAAUAUUUUUUUUCAUGGUCUGAUUUUCCAUUGCAAUUCGAUCGAACUCACUGUUUCCGAAUAAUUUUUAAACAUUUUUCUUGAUUUCAGUUAUUCUUUUCCUACUAUAUUUUAUUUAAAUACAAUUCAUGCCCUUAAGCUAAAAUUCCAUUUUUUUUAUAUUUAUAAUUUGGCUCAAGGUAUCGAUUACCAAUAAGGCUCAAUUGUAAAAACAUGUUGAUUUAGAACUAGCAAUGUCUCAGCGUGUAAAAAAAUAAAUUAUUAAAUUGUAUGCAUAGAAAAUCCAAUGCAUGUGACGGUUUUUUCCUCCAAUGCCAAAAAAUAUAAUGGAAGCUUCGAUUAAACUAUUCUCCGCUACCUAUAAAUUUGACUGUUAAAUUACGGUUUAGAUUAACAGGAAUCUAGGAUCCCAAAAACAUUUGAUAUUGAAACUAUAAACCCAUAACCUAACAAAAGCUAUUUCAACUUUUUUUCAUAUUUAUAGAAUUUUAGAAUUACUUUUUUGGAUACGAUAAUGAUCGCUCAAGAAAGCUAUUCUGACGAAGUUCCAAGCUGAUUAGCUGUUAAUUUUGAUGAAACAAUUAAAGCAAUUAAACAAUUUAUCGUACCUAUGAAUUUCAUAUGAAACUGACAACGAAUAAACACAAUUUUCAUAAUAAUUUUAUUAUGCGAAUGAUUAUCAUGGAGAAGCAAAAAUAUAAUUAAACGGAUUUUAAAAUAGUUCAAACAUUUUAAAAGCUUCCUUUAUAGUAGUCUUUAGUAGUGAUUUAAUAUAUGCGCGCGUUCAACUUUCUGCUCCUCUUUACGGUGGCAUUAAUUCAUCUACAAUAAAAAUGAAAGGCGUUUUGUCAGAAUUAUUAUAUUUCUUUUUCUUUUUUUAAAAGAAAGUAGUAAUAUUUUGUGGAGAUCCCUGCGUCCUAUAAAGCUAAACAGCAACUUAAAAAAAUAAAACAAUAAACAAACUACCGAUAUAACAUUCGAAACCAAAACCAACCGGACUUCAA